AUGGAUUCUGAUAAUAAAACCGAUUCAAAUUCUGGUUCAAAUAAUUAUUUUGAACAAUUAAAAGAUUUUGCAUAUAAAUCAUGGGAAAAAUUUGAAGAACAAUAUGAAAUAAGUAAAACUAAAAUGGAAGAAGGAUAUGAAAGCGCAAAAGAAAAACUUGAUGAACAAUAUGAAUUAAAUAAAGUUAAAAUGGAUGAGAGUUAUGAAAUUGCCAAAGAAAAAGCUGCAGAGAGUUAUCAAUAUACAAAAGAAAAAAUAAAUGAAGGUAUUCAGAUAUCAAAAGAACAUAUCACCAAUUUUGGAAACGCUAUAAAUGAAAAAUUACCUGAAAAAUAUCAAUACCAUCCAGAAAAUUCAUCAUCAUCAAAUAAAAUAGUUGAAGAGAUAAAAAAUGAUAAUGAAAAUCCAACAAAUAAUAAUGAUAAACUAUAA